AUGACCAGUAAUGAAGAGUUGGUUAAACAGAAGGAUGAGGCAGACGUGAAGAUUGACGGUCUGCAAAGGGAGCUGGACAGAAAGCGCGCGAAGGCAAUGGAAGAGAGGGACGGCCUGCAAAAGGAGUUGGAGGAGAAGAGGGCCAAGGCAUCUGCUGAGAGGGCGAGCGUGCAGAGGGAGUUAGCUGAAGAGAGGGCCAAGGCAGCCUCUGAAAGGGCGACCCUGCAGAAGCAGUUGGAGGAAGAGAGGGCUAAGGCGGCCUCUGAAAGGGCAACCCUGCAGAAGGAUCUGGACGAAGAGAGGGCUAAGGCAGCCUCUGAAAGGGCGGCAUACCCCGAUCUGUGCAUUGCAGCAGUGGAUCAGUUCAAGGGGUCUGCUGAAUUUCAUAUGGCAGUUGAUGCCGCAGUCGCCAGCAGCUUGGUGAGGGAGGAGUCUGGGGGGGCAGGCCCAUCGAGGACGACCGCUGGGGGCAGGACUGAGUCGGAAGUGAUUGAGAGCUUCUAG